AUGGAAGGGAUAAGAAUAAGGGAGUGCUUGUGUGUACCAGAGGACGAGUUGGCGUGGGCGGCGGCAUGGCUGUACAGGGCGACGGGGCUGAGGCGGUAUUUGGAGUAUGUGCAGCGCAAUGAGGCGGCCAUUGGGGGGACGCAGCAGAUGCACACGGAGAUGAGUUGGGACCAGACGCUGCCCGGCGCGCAACUGCUGCUCGCACAGGCGCUGUGGGCGGGGCUGCCGGCGAGCAUCCAGGGGAGUGCAGCGAUAAUGGGGGUGGUGGAGGGGUAUGCAGGCAUGGCCGAGGUGUAUGCGUGUGCGCACAUGCCUGCCAACCCCCUGCGAGCCGUCUACACCACGCCGUCCGGGCUGCUGUAUGUGCGCGGCAGCAACGCCCAGCUCGCCCUCUCCUCCGCCUUCCUCCUCGCUCUGCUCGCCGACUUCCUCGCUGCCGCCGCCCGCUCCCUCGACUGCCAAGGCGUCUCCUUCUCGCCCUCCCAGAUCACCGCCUUCGCCCAGUCCCAGGUGGACUAUCUGCUGGGCAGCAAUCCGCUCGCCGUCUCCUUCAUGGUCGGCUUUGGCACCGCCUUCCCCCAGAAGGUGCACCACCGGGCGGCGUCCAUUAUCUCAUUCAACACGGACCCGUCGCCAGUGACCUGCCAGGGCGGCAACACCACGUACCUGCAGAGCGCCUCCCCCAACCCCAACGUGCUCGUUGGCGCCAUUGUUGGCGGCCCCAACGCCACCGAUGGCUUUCUGGACUCACGGCUGCACCCAGCCUUCACGGAGCCCUCAGCCGCAGCCAAUGCCGUCGCUGUCGGCCUCCUCGCCCGCCUCGCCGCCGGCGCCCUCCCCCUCGCCUCCCCGUCCCCCCCCUCCCCCCCCGCUCCCCGCUCCCCUCCUCCACCCAAGGGCAAGCGCCCCCCGCCACCCAAGUCCACGAUCCCCAGGGCACCGCCUGCUCCUGUGUCUGCACCACUGAGCCUGGUGAACGUGACGUGUGCAGUGACGGGCAGCUGGCAGCAGUACGGGGAGCAACAGAACAUGUGGAGCUGCGACGUGUGCAACACCAACGCCUCCUUUGCUGUGCGCGACGUCGCCCUUGCGUGCUUCAACUUCGAGCCCUUCAAUGCGUGGAAUUUUGAGGUUGUUUCAUGCUCUCUGCCCUCGUGGGCGCAGUACAUUCCUGGAGGUGGCAAGCGCAACUUUGGGUUCAUCCAAUCAGCCCGACUAAAACCAUCGUUCAAAGCCACCUGGGUCACCUGGCUCGGCCCGCCUCUUCCUCCUCCCAGGAAACCAAGAUCAGCAUCGUGCAUCCCCCCAUCUACAUUCUGGGGAAAGCUACAAUGCCAGGUUCUAAGCAUGGGUUGUUGCAUGCAAUUGAGCGCGCCACCAGCACCAUCAGCAACAUGA